AUGAAUGAAUAUUUAAUUAAUUGUAAACUAUCAUUGUUACUUGAAGUUUUUUCUCAAUGUAUAGAUUAUUUUGAUGCCUUAGAUCAUGAAGUAAAAAGAAAUGUUGCUUGUCCGCUCGUAACAGAUGAUCCAUCAAAAUAUUCUAGGAGAGCACUCUCUUCUUAUGAGAAUGAAUCAAAAAUACAAAUUACAGAAUUUAAAUGUAACAAUACAACAGAAGAAAUUUGUAAUAAAGUCAAAGACACUAUUUUGAUAGCUGGAAAAAUUAUUUCAAAAACUUUUAUUUUAAAGUCGCCCAUAUUUUUAUCCGUUAAUUAUACUAAUUUAUGUAUAGUUCAACCUGAUCUUUGUAAAUUACAAGGAGGAAAAGUUGUUGUGAUAGGUGCCGCUCAAUCAGCAUGAGAAAUAUUAUUGUUGGAUGAUGAUGGAUUAUCUCGAUAUUAUUCUCAAUCAUUAGUAAAACAGUAUCAAAUAUCAAUUUAAAAAACAUCCUGAAUUUGCUCCGAUUGAUAUUAUAGCAACAUUUAAUUCCAUAGUUAGUAAUUGGCAUUUUCCAUCGGAUUCUGAUAUACCAAUUCAACCAAAACAAUUUGAUAUGCUUUAAUUUAUAUCGUUUUACAUGAAUUAAUGCAUGGUUUAGGUU